UUCUCUAUAAAGCAUUUAAUUUAUAAAGCAUUUAAUAUACGCGGGUAUUGCAUUAGGUCACUAUGGCCAUCAAACGGCUGCUUUUAAACGUAAUUUUGAACCCUAGUGUUCAGAAAAUAAAGCCCAUAAGGCCAUUAAGUAGCAUUUAUCAUAGGAAACUAAGCACCAAAGAGGCCCCAUUUGAAGAGAUAAAAAUCCCACUAAAUUGUGGUCAAUUAGCUGCUAAACUAUGGAAAGGUAAAGACAACAACAGCCGGCCUAUACUCGCGUUGCACGGCUGGCAGGACAACGCGGGCACGUGGGACCCGCUGAUUCCCAUGUUGAACUCGGAACGGCCGAUCUUGGCGAUAGACUUCCCUGGACACGGAUUAUCUUAUCACAUUCCUCCCGGCGUUCACUACUACCCUUGGGAACUACCAAGGCUGAUAUACGUAUUGAAGAAUCAUUUCAAAUGGGACAAGGUUUCACUGCUGGCGCACUCUAUGGGCUCUAUUGCUAGUAUGAGAUUUGCUAGUAUAUUUCCCAACGAUGUCGACUUUUAUGUUGCGAUCGACAGCUUGAUCGCGGACGACUAUGACUUAAACGCAGUCAUAGAGAGAUAUCCCAUCUACAUAAAGAAAGUUGAAGCAGACCAACAACGAUUGGGGACGGAGCCACCUAGCUAUACACCAGAAGAAAUAAAAAAUAUUUGGCAUAUGGGUACGAAAAAAUCUGUCGCCUUGGAAAGUGUACAGUACUUAAUGACUAGAGGUCUAAAACCUUCAAGUGCAGACCCAAAUAAAUAUUAUUUCUCUAGAGAUGCUAGAUUGAAACACAUUUUGUUUACUCCAGAGGAUAAGAAGUUUGUAGAAGGUGUUGCUAAAAGAUUAAUAUGCCCUACUUUAUAUGUUAAGGCAAUUGACUCACCUUAUGCAACUGACGCAUUUUCUGUUGAGAUGAGGGAGUCACUCGAGAAAAACAACAAGAACUUUGAAUGUCACUUUGUGCCUGGUACACAUCAUGUUCAUCUGAAUAAUCCUGAAAUUAUAGCUCCACUCAUUCAACAAUUUUUACAAAAACAUAAUCUCAAAUAGUGAAUUAUGGUAUUCUAAUACAUACAACAAAUACAUUGCACUAUCAAUAUUUUUUAGUGUUCACACUGACCUCAAUGUUUUCCAUAAAACUACUUGUAAAUGUGCUUGUUACCUUAAUUGAAAGCUUUAAUUUUAUGAAUGUGGUGAUAUGAUAAAUAAAUAAAAUAUUGUUAUGAUGUCAA